CCCUCAGCUCCUUGCACUGCAUUCAGGCUUCCAGCCCCAUCCCCACCCAGGAAAAAGCCAUCUCUGCCAGAACCGUCCAUCCACCUGGAACCUCUGCCAUGCAGUCUGCCGAGACCAACACCAAGCUGAACCGGGCUUGCCUGCUCCUGGCUCUGAGGCGCUACAGCGCUGCAGUUCUCAACAUGGAACAAACUGUCCUCCUCCCCAGCCUACUCAGAGAUGUGGAGUCAGACGAAGAUGAAGCCUGUUUCCAGGACUGUCACUCUGCAACCGGAAGCUCCUGUAAAGACCUCUAUGACUACUACCUGAUGCUGAAGGCUGUCAGGAACACAGUGGAGAGUGGUCUGAUCACGCUGGACGACCGCAAGACCCAGACCUACCUGGCCCAGAAUAAGACCCUGGAGCCCAUGCUGGAGGCUGACCCUGAGGCCCUGUUCCACUUCCACCUCAGGGGACUGUUCUCUGUCAUGGGAAACCUCACCAAGAAGUCCCAGGGCGUCACGACCAAGUACAUGGACAUCAUCGGAAUAAUGAAUUAG